UAGGCUGGUAGCGUGAGUACACAAUCAAUUAUAUAAAGUACAACAAUCGACGCGGUGAAGACUACAUAGCUUUUGUGGCGGUUUAAUAGCUUGGCUAUUGUUCUGGUUGAAAUGGCGUCAUUGCGGGAGCUAACCAAAAUCGAGCGUGGUCUCAUUGAUUCGCUAUCUAAUCUCGAAUCGUUUGUAGAUAAGUACAAUGAAGCAAGGGACAAAUCCAAAAUCAAUUCACGUUUGGAACGACUAGAAUCUGUUUUCUCGGAGUAUCGCAUAAAUCGGGCGAAAAUGGAAGUACGACAGGAACAAGAUUUGGCGUUGACUACUGACCCGUCGGACGCUAAGGAAAAGCAAGUGAAGUUGGAUGUUGAAGCGUCAAACAAAAAGUCUCGUUUGGAUCUCGAAAACAGGUAUUUUGACAUUAAAGAUUUUCUCGUUUCUCGUCAGUCCCCACCGACUGCUGCAGCCUCGUCCUCAUCCACUGUCCCCACUCCGCCCGGCCAAUCAAUUGCUUCCCGAAUUCACCUUCCAGUGUUCAAAAUUCCUUCCUUUGACGGUAGUGUGAAAGAUUGGUUGAGCUUCCGGGAUUCGUUUCAAAGCAUGAUCGAAAAGGACGCUUCCCUCACGGCGAUUGAGAAGUUUCACUACCUUUUGACGGUGCUAUCUAAAGAUGCCAGAACGCUUGUGGAAUCUAUCGAGGUAACAGCCGCAAAUUACGAGGUGGCUUGGACCAUGCUACAGGAACGCUUCGAAAAUAAGAAGAUCAUCGCCCGCACUUUGAUGGACGGAUUUCUCGAUGCUGAACCGAUGAGGAAGGAAUCGUAUGAUACUUUAGUGACACUCAUCGACUCGUACGAACGCAAUCUGCUUCAGUUGAAGAAACUUGGUCUUCCAACCAAUGGAUGGUCCCACUUACUCGCGCAUUUGCUGUAUAAACGUUUGGAUGCAGAUACUCAAAGGCAUUGGGAACGAUGUCACAAAUCUCGCGAGACACCGAAUUAUGAAGAACUAGUUAAAUUUCUGCGUGAGCAUCUCGCUACGCUUCAGCCGCUUGCGACUAUCAAACAUCGGGCACAAGACCAACGUCACGAUUCGUUGAAGCUCCCAACGAAACAAAGGAUUGAAUCCACGCUAACGACAAUUACCUCUUCAAAGCGAUCAUGUCCACUCUGCCAAAAACCGUCACAUUCUCCUUUCAAAUGCGAAUCCUUCAACAAAAUGAAUCCUGUCCAAAGACUUGAAGCAGUAAAGAAGGCUGGUCUUUGUCUAAAUUGCCUUUCCUCUUCCCAUUUGGUCCGGGCUUGUCCGAGCUCAGCAUGUCGAGUUUGUGGUCAGAGGCAUCACACGAUGCUACAUUUGCGAUCACCCAAUGGCGCAUCGAGCCAAAAUCAAGAAACGAUUCCAUCGCAACACGUCUCCGCAGUGCAGAUUCAAUCCAACCCUCCGGCAAAGAUAGCAGAACCGCCAAUGCAAACUUGUGCUGCUUCGUUACAACCUCCACAAACUCCUACCCAACCCAAUGCCUCUGCUAGCCGCUCGCCUGUUGCCCUUCCUGCAAGUUCGUCCGCUACCAGUAACGUAGUAUUCCUCUCAACGGCAGUAGUCCGAAUUGCAGAUUUGCACGGAAAUACUCAUCUGGCACGAGCUCUUUUGGACUGCUGUUCCGAACGAAAUUUACUUAGUGAACGUCUAGCACAAAAACUCGAUCUUCAUCGACGAGAUGAUCCUCUUUCGUUCCAAGGGGUUGGACCCGCUCUCGCUAAUUCCAAACAAUCCGCAACGGCAAGAGUAUUUUCCCGUUGCACAGAUUAUUGCAUCGAUUUAAAUUUUCACAUUCUUUCUGAACUCAAACCCAUCCUUCCUUCAAACCGUGCACCAUUCGCAGAUUGGAAGAUUCCUACAUCGGUGCAUCUAGCUGAUCCAAAUUUCCACGAGCCCAAUCGAAUUGACGCUAUAAUUGGAGCAGAGGUGUACUAUCGUUUACUUUCGGAUGGUUUCGUUGAACUCGGUCCAAACUUGCCGAUUCUCAAGGAAACCGUUUUUGGCUGGAUUGUUUCCGGGAAAUGUGACACAUCCCCCAGCCAACCACUUGCUACCAUGCUGGUAUGUAGUAACGCCGAUCUCGAAAUGCAAAUGGCAAGAUUUUGGGACCUCGAAUCCUGUCGGUCCGACAACACACUUUCGGCGGAGGAACGCCAGUGUGAGUCGUAUUUCUCGGAAACAACAUACCGAGAUUCAAACGGACGCUUCGUCGUAUCACUGCCCAAAAGGGAAACCCUUCUCACUAGCCUUGGAGAAUCUUAUGCUACGGCUUUGCGACGUUAUUUGUCGUUGGAAAGACGGCUGCUAAUAAAGCCGGCUCUUCUGAAAGCGUAUACAGCGUUCAUUCACGAGUACAUUGCACUUGGACAUAUGGUACAAAUCGACCCCACAACCGAUUCCCUUCCACCUGGGAAAAAACCCUACUACAUGCCUCAUCACUGUAUUGAACGACCGGACAGCGUGACAACGAAACUACGAGUCGUUUUCGACGCUUCGUGUGCUAGUGACACUGGACUGUCCCUGAACGACACUUUAUUGGUUGGGCCGGUCGUACAAGACGACCUAUACAGUAUGCUUCUCCGAUUUCGGCUUCAACGUUUCGCUAUUGUAGCUGAUCUGGAGAAAAUGUAUCGGCAAGUGUGGAUACAUCCAUCCGAUCGACACUUGCAACGUAUCUUGUGGCGUGAUUCCGCGGACGAAACAGUUCGAGCAUUCGAAUUAUUGACCGUAACCUACGGUACAGCAUCGGCACCGUUCCUCGCAACCCGCUGUUUGCAACAACUCGCUGAAGACGGGAAAUCGCAAUACCCAAAGGCAGCCAAAGUUCUGGUCAAGGAUUUUUAUAUUGAUGAUUUGCUCUGUGGGGUCACGACAGAAGAAGAAGGAGUUGAUUUAUGCAACGAGCUGAUCGGUCUGCUGCAAUCGGCCGGUUUCAAAUUGCACAAGUGGGCAUCGAACAACCCCGUCAUUUUAAACAACAUUCCAACAGAAUUGCGAGAUGACCGAAAUGUGCUGGAACUGGAUUCAUCGUCAUCAUCCGUCAAAACACUAGGGCUUCUGUGGCAACCUGACGAGGACGUCUUUCGCUUUCAGGUACCAAGGUGGACCAUGGACUCGCCUAUCACCAAACGGCUGGUGCUGUCCGAUGCAGCGCGUCUAUUCGACCCCCUCGGUCUGGUGGGGCCUACAGUGCUGCGUUCCAAACUGUUUAUGCAGGAGUUGUGGUUGUCCAAGCUUUCCUGGGACCAGCCAUUAACCGAUACACUUCAAGAUACCUGGAAGGAAUUUCGCGAUGAUUUGGAGGUAUUACGGACAUUCUCAAUUCCACGGUGGGCGGUCUCUUACGCGGACCCAGCAACCAUCGAACUGCAUGGGUUUUGCGAUGCAUCCGAGCGCGCUUACGGUGCCUGUCUAUACGUUCGGACUGUAACCGCUACAGGAUCGACUUCGGUAAAUUUGUUAACCGCUAAAUCGAAGGUAGCUCCCGCAAACACUGGAAAGGGCCAACAAAGAAUCUCUUUACCUCGCCUGGAACUUUCAUCGGCAUUACUGCUCAGCCAUUUGUAUGACAAAGUGAAGAGCAGUUUUCCAGCUUCCACUCGUGCUUUCUUCUGGACGGAUUCAAUGAUAGUCGUCCAUUGGCUAGCCGCAUCACCCAACCGAUGGAAAAAGUUUGUGGCUAACCGAGUAGCCGAAAUCCAACAGACCACUACACCCGGAACCUGGGGUCACGUGGCGGGGAUCGAAAAUCCAGCCGAUGCUAUUUCACGUGGUAUGAGUGCAGCACUACUAGUCGAUUUCGACAUUUGGUGGCAAGGUCCGGCGUGGCUGAACCAAUCGAAAAGAUUCUGGCCAAAUAUUGUUCGGACAUCCGACUGUAUCUUCGACGCAGAUCAACUAGAGGAGAAACCCGCAACCUCGCUACCAAUUGUGCACGAAGCCUUGAGCAUCUUCAAGCUGAAAUCAUCAUUGACCGACCUCGUUCGUAUAGUAGGUUAUAUUCGUCGUUUCAUCUCUAACGCCAGAGAAAAGGACAGAAGAUCCCGCCAGAAUGGACUACUCACCACAGUAGAGCUGGAGAUGGCUCUCCAAAACCUCGUACGAGUAUCACAGCAGGAAUCAUUCCCUAAUGACAUUGGAAGCAUAAAAUCGUCGGGCCAAGUGAAACCAACUUCAAAGCUCAAAUCGCUGUCCCCAAUUCUCGUCGACGGUAUACUACGAGCUCGAGGCCGCCUACACAAUGCUCCAAUUCCAUAUAGCCAAAAACAACCGAUGAUUCUUGACAGUAAACAUCCUUUGACGCUGCUGAUAGUACGACACUAUCAUGUUAAGUUUUUGCACGCAGGACCUCAGCUGCUGAUGGCAGCAGUGCGAUCGAAAUUUUGGCCUACUAGACUUCGUAAUCUUGCUCGCACCGUAACUCAUCGUUGCCUGAAUUGCUUUCGCUGUAAACCAAAUCUUUCGGAGCAAAUAAUGGCAGACCUACCCUCAGUCCGCGUAUCGCCAACCUUCCCAUUCCUCAAUACGGGAGUAGACUUUUGUGGCCCAUUUCACCUGCGGCCAUUGCAUCGGAAGGCUGCUCCACAAAAAUGCUUUGUUGCAGUGUUUGUCUGCAUGUCAACUAAGGCCGUGCAUCUAGAAGUCGUUGGAGAUCUCUCCACCGAUUCUUUCAUCGCUUCACUGAAACGGUUCGCAGCCAGACGUGGCGUCCCUCAGACCAUAUUUAGCGACAAUGCGACCAACUUUGUCGGAGCCAGACGAACCUUGAACGAGUUUUUGCAGCUCUUUCACACCCAACAGAACCGAGAUCAAAUUGUUCGACUGUGUUCGGACGAAGGCAUUCAGUUCAGAUUCAUUCCACCACGUUCGCCACAUUUCGGUGGUAUUUGGGAGGCUGCGGUCAAAUCCCUGAAGACGCAUCUCUAUCGCACACUAAAGAAUGCCCUGGUAACCAACGAACAGAUGCAGACUGUUUUAACGCAAGUUGAGGCUUGCCUAAACUCUAGGCCUCUCACGCAACUCAGCAAUGAUCCGGAAGACUUGGAUGUUUUAACGCCAGGACAUUUUUUAGUACACCGUCCACUGACUGCUAUAGUGGAACCGUCUUACGAAGAAAUCCCUACCAAUCGUUUGUCGCAGUGGCAGACAAUUCAAGAAUUCGUCCGUCGCCUCUGGAAGCGGUGGUCAAGUGAAUACCUGUCAGGCCUUCAGCAGCGGACUCGAUGGACACACGAACGAAACGACGUCCACAUUGGCACGAUGGUGCUAGUCAAAGACGACCAUUUGCCACCAAUGAAGUGGCGUUUCGGACGAAUAGUGGACUCAACACCCGGACCCGACGGACACGUCCGUGUAGUCAACAUCCGCACCAAGGACGGCAUUUAUCAACGGGCAAUUACACGUAUUUGCGUAUUGCCGAUUCAAGACAACCAGCAACCUCAUAACGAGAUAGUCUAG